AUGGAAAGUAACAACUUGACGAUGCCUUUAUCUGAGGGUGAAUUGUGGGUGAGCUUUAUGUUGGAACCAGCAGAGGACUCAGACGAGGAAGACAUCAUUCCCUUCCGUGUGCCGGUGCAGCGCAGCCUAUUGUCGUCGGAGGAAUCCGCAAAAUCCAUAAUACCCCUUCUGCUUUCCCGCACGACCCUGCCGGAGUGGUUUUACUACUGUCCGGAAUUCAUCAGAGGUUUGUCGGAGUAUGUUUGUUCGUUGCCUACCGAGAUGCAGGAUGUGUAUGUCCACAGCCAACUGGCUUGGAAUGCCAUAGACCCAAGAAAUAGUCUUUGGUCUUACCGUUUCUCGACAAAGGAUUCGACCACUAUCGGCGACAUGUGGACCAUUAUUUGGUCAUACCCGCGGUCUGGAUCGGAAGUGCUGGCAGUGAAGGAUGUGAAGCUUGAAGAAGCUUCGGAGUGUGCAAUUUGCUUACAGGAUCUUGUGGUUGGGUUUGAAGCUGCUAAGCUGCCAUGCUCACACGUCUACCAUCGUGGCUGCAUUGCUAAGUGGCUUGAUACCAGUAACAAGUGUCCCUUGUGUCGUUCUCAGGUUGUCUAA